AUGCCAGCGAAAGCAGGUACGUGUUUUGUGCCCGGAUGCAAAAGUGGGUACAAGUCGUGUCCGGCAAGGGUGUCGUCGUUUCGAACUCCCAAGGAUGCAUUGAAACGGGAGCAGUGGGCCCGUAAUAUAAAACGGGGUGAUAAGGAACUAACCAACGACUGCGUCGUUUGUGAACGUCACUUCGAGGCAACGUUUAUACAGAGGACUUGUAGUCAUCUUAUCAAUGGUGAGGUGGUUGAAAUUCCAACAGAGGACGCCGUUCCUACAAUCAUCCCGGAUGCGCCAAAAUACCUCACAAAGAAAACACCGACUAGCAGGAAGGAGACAAACCUGUGUGAACAAGGUGAGCCCACGACUAAAGAAAGGACUACUGUAAAGCAGCAGGCGCCGGAAGAAAGUGAACAAGUAAUAGAAGCACAACAUGCUGCGGAAUCGGAGUUUACCGAAGCUGUACAUAUUGACACGACACAGGUGGAGCCGCAGAUUGAAGUCAGUACGGAAUACGUGUGCCGCAAUAUCGAACUUCCUAGUACAAGCUGGAACAAACUAUCGUUUUCUACAGAACCAGGGACCGUCACUUUCGGCCUUUGCGAGAUAGAGGGUGCCGAGUUGGAUCACCUACUGCUGCCGAAAUUGGUGAAGUUUGAACAGGCCGUUGAGCAAGUAGGAACAGUCAGUUGUUCUGUUUUUCUUAGGGGCAAGCUGCACCUAAAAUGCAAUGUUUCCCCACCAGAUGACGCGCAGUUGGCGCUGAACAGCGCACAAUCUCUGGUUUUAUGUGCUGGCUGUGGUAUGAAACCAAACACAGUCGGAAAAUAUGAGUAUUUUGCCAGCUUGUACAUUUCGCCUAAGUGCAGCCUUGCGUGCGGAAGUAAGGGCCCUUGCAUGCAUUGCAAGUACCUACGAAAGCUCUUGCAAAAUCAGCAAUCACGAUGGAAGCAUGGCGUUUCAGUUAAACGCCUUGCAAGGCAUGCCAACUCUCGCCGCCGUCUGGUAGCUGCGCAACGAAAGCUGCUGAACGUUCAGAGGGAACUCGACAUGAUGAAGUCUGCCAAUGAGCAAAUUGGAGAUGAGGCAUUGAAUGAACGCGUUAAAAGUUUGCCUCAGAAACAACAGAUGGCAAUUAUGGCAUGCUUCAGUGCAGCUAAAAGAAAAUCGACAUGUGGCAUGCUGUAUGAGAAGAAUUGGAUCCUAGAGUGUGUGCUGCUUCGCAUGAGGAGUCCAAAGCUCCAUGAGCACCUUUGGAAGCAGAAAAUUGUCGUCCUGCCAAGCCGAACUUGUCUACAGCGUUAUGUGCGCAAUUUCAAAAGUGGCUUCGGAUUUAAUGACACUGUGUUUAAGGCACUUAGUGCGAAGACUGAAAGCAUGGAUGUCUGCAGCCGACAUGGUGGCAUCAUUUUCGAUGAACUGAAGCUGUCUGAGCAGUUUGGUGUCAACCAAGCAGAUGUGUAGUACCUACGUUUCUCUACACCCUACACGAUUUAAAUAUGAAAAUAAUUAUUUGAUGCGAAAAUCGCACUCCGAAUUCUCAGUAACACGCAUAUGCCAAAUAAGUCUGUUUGCUGUCGUGUUAACUACAAGUUUUUGUCGUUUCUUUAGGGUUUGUUGAAGGAUUUGUUGACCUGGGCAGCUUCACAGCAGAUGAGCAAAGAUCCACACCAGCAGACCAUGGGAUGGUGAUGCUUUUUCAUCCCUUUCAUGGGGACUGGACACAGAUACUAGGUGUGUUUUUCUCAAAAGGAAAUAUCAAGGCAGACAUGCUUUCAAGGCUGCUUCUUGAGGCGAUUCUUUCGGCAGAAAAAGCCGGUCUCUUCGUGGAUUUCGUGUCGUGUGACGGGGCUACUUGGAAUCGCAGCAUGUGGAAGUCAUUUGGAAUCGGUGGUAUGACACUUUGAUUAACCUGUAAUUUGCAGCACUGAAGUCAGCAGUAUUGCAGGGCUAACUGUGUUGAAAUAACAUUUGCUGGUCCUUGUGCUUAGGAAUUUCAACAAUCUCAUACGUACGCACUUUUCUUUUUCAGCACACUCGGGUGGCAUCACGUGCAAGGUGUCACAUCCUGUAGACUCUUCAAGAGAGCUGCACUUCUGUUCCGAUUUUCCUCAUCUAGUGAAAUGCAUCCGCAAUACGUUUGUCAGCACUGGGUUCACGACUCCGGAUGGGCGUGCAUGCAUUGAAGAUAUAGAGGCAGCAUGGGCCAAAGACAACAGCUCUUUGGCAUUUAAAGCGAUGCCACAUGUAACAAAAGCGCAUAUCCGACCAAACUCCUUUGAAAAGAUGAAAGUAAAUUUAGCUUUCACGCUUUUCAGUGAGGAAGUUCUGAAAGGUAUGUUUCUGUACAGAGCAGAUGUACCAGAGUUCUCCAGCUCAGUGUCCGCGACUGAGCAACUUGUGAGACGCCUCAGUCGGCUAAUAUAAAUAAUGACGUCAAGGUGUGCAAAGCGAGAACUUAGGCCAUCAUCACAAGAUGUUUCUGAGCUUGAGCCUUUUCUUGUCUUCUUAGACGCAUGGGAAGAAGCUUCCAAAAAAUGUGGAGGUGGCUUCAUAAGCAAAGGUACUGCUAAGGGUAUGAGAGUUACGAGACGCAGUACACUCUCACUUCUGGAGUAUUUAACGUCGUCAGUUUCGUUUAAAUACUUGCUGACGUGAAGAUUAAGUGAAGACAAGUUGGAAAACUUGUUCGGUAUAAUAAGACAGUAUUCAGGUACAAAUGACCAACCAAGCCCGGGGCAGUUUCAUAUAACUGUAAAUUGUUUGAGGUUUUACAUUCUUGCGCGACCGCCAGAGUCUGGAAACUCCCCGGCACAGGUUGUCAAAGCUCUACUGGACACAUCUUCAGCAGGCGCAAGUAACAGUGCCGUUUUCGGACUAAGAGAGAUUAUUGAGGACAUGCUCGAGGCUGGAGAUAUAGAUGGUGCUGGCGAUGCCAUUCAGCCUGCUUUUAGAAGCGACCACAGCAGCUAUGUGGUAGAGAAAAGUGACAGCCGUUUGGUUUACUACCUGCCUGGCUAUGUAGCUAGAAAUUUCAAGACCAAAAAUUCUUGUGACACAUGUGCAUCAAAGCUAGCCAUGAAAAAACAGGAUGUAGCAGAAAGUGCUGACAAUGAAUUUACCAAACAGUUUGAUCGAGGAGGUUUGCUAUAUCCUGGGGAUGACUUGGCAAUCCUUGUGGCAACAUUAGAAGAAGCAUUUACUUUUUGUUU